UCCCAGAAAAAAAGGGGAUGCUCACUCUCUUGAUCCAUAAUCUUUGAGCGCAGAUCGAUCCUCUCUUAACCCCCUUCGCUUUCUGGGCUACUUCCCUCUCUAUUUUCCCGUCGGGGAGGGGAAAUUCAUGGGAUUCGCUUGGAAAUGUGUCAGCUUUGGGAGUCUUUCAAGACCACUCCCUCUGCAAAUCCUACUUUUCUUUUGAGAGUCUAGGUGCUUGAGAAAAGAGUAUUUCUGGGAAGCGGGCAUUGAGGCGCUCAGUUGCAACCAAGCAUGCUGGUUUUAUCACCGUGGAAGCAGUGGUAGGUGGCAGGUGCGGUGGUAUCGUUGUUGAAGGAGAUACUUUGUUUUGUUAGCUCUUUUAACCUACUUGUGAGGACAAAAUGUCUGAUAUUCCACUACGGCUUCAGGCCAUGAGCUCAUAAAGGGCCAGUAAAGAUCCGAAAUAAGGUCCUAGAGACGUGAAAGCUGUUGCUCCUUGGGACUCUCGGUUAUCACGCUAAGUUGAGUGCUUCGCCUGUGAAGCUCAUGUCUGGGGCUCCUACAAGAGUAAGAUCUAUGAAUGUGGCCGACUCUGAGACCAGGCCGAUUCUGGGGCCUGCUGGUAACAAGGCUGGUCCUUUCUCUACGCGUAAAUCCUUAUCGUCCAAGUCACCAAGAAAGUUUGAAAAUUUUCCAUCUGGGUACACUGACUCUGAUGAGACGGAAUCUUAUGCAUCGCCUGCUGUUACUGCGUCUUCUCCCCACUCCCAGAAGCACCCUCCUCUUAGCAUGGCUUCCCUUUUGCGCAGGCAUGAGCAACUCUUGAAUUCUAAUCUGUCACUGAGCGCAUCAUGUUCCUCUGAUGCCUCGACAGAUUCAUUCCACAGCCGAGCAUCAACUGGUCGAUUGGUUCGGUCGUAUAGCCUUGGGAGUCGAAGUAAGGCAUACCCUUUGAAGCCAAGGAGUGUUGUCUCUGAUGGUGCUUUAGAUUCACCAUCUAGUGGUUCAGAGACUAAGAAGAGAUGCGCUUGGGUGACACCGAAUACCGAUCCGGGGUAUGCUGCUUUCCACGAUGAAGAAUGGGGUGUGCCAGUACAUGAUGACAAGAGGUUGUUUGAACUUCUAGUGCUUUCGGGUGCAUUGGCUGAGCACACAUGGCCUACAAUUCUGAGCAAAAGGCAGACCUUCAGGGAAGUUUUUGCUGAUUUUGAUCCCAUUGCCGUCUCAAAAAUCAACGAGAAGAAGCUUAUCAGCCCAGGAAGCACGGCAAGUUCCUUGUUGUCAGAGCUUAAGCUAAGGGCCGUCAUUGAGAAUGCACGCCAAAUAUUAAAGUUGUGGCAGGUGAUAGAUGAAUAUGGAUCAUUUGACAAGUACAUAUGGAGCUUCGUGAAGAACAAGCCAAUAGUGAGCAAGUUCAGAUACCAGAGGCAAGUGCCAGUGAAAACUCCAAAGGCAGAGGCCAUUAGCCGGGAUUUGGUGAGGAGAGGGUUCCGAAGCACAAGUCCUACUGUCGUCUACUCCUUCAUGCAGGCUUCUGGUCUCACCAACGACCAUCUCACCUCUUGCUUCAGGUUCUCCCUCUCUUCUUCCCAUCUCCUUCUCUGAUCCCUUUCUCCUUUCUUUCUUUCUUUGCUGUGACCUGUGUAGUGAACGCAUUCGUGUAUUGUUUAUACUGUAGACACUUCCGUUUCGUUUUACUACAUCUCCUUCUUCUAAC